AUGACAGAAUUAAAAGCUUCUAAGGUGGAGGAGACUGAGCCAGUAAUAGAAGACAAAGACAAUGAUAUUAGUGAUCUAUUAACGGAGGAAUUAAGUUUGUAUUAUGGUGACAUAACAUCUAUUGUAGUAAACCAAGUCUACAAAAAUGUCUAUAAAAGACUGUAUGAUGGAGACUAUUACUUGUUUCGUCAGAUGUGCUUAGAACCAUAUCUCAAAUUAUUGCAGAAAAUUAAAAAGUCUACAUUCUUCAUCAGUUUUAAAUGGAUUAAAUUUUAUUCAGUGGCCAUACAAAGGGGUUCAUUCACUUCGAAAAUGUUACACAUCUCUGUGCAAUACUGCACCAUUUUUGUUACCUUGCUAGCAACAAUAACUUAUAAAGAAGAACAUGGUGAACGGAAAUAUUUCCCUUUCUGUUACAAAUCAGCUGUUCUAUUACAUCUAUGUGAUGAUUUACAAAGUGAAACUCAGUGCCAUGAUUUCUAUUUCUGUCUACGAUUGAGUGAAAGUGUGGAACCGGAUUUAGUGGUGAAAUAUCAUACAAUCAAUGGUGUACAGGAAUAUCUUAUAAUGGAGGGUGAAUAUCAUCUUGCCUUUACUACCGAUAUAUUAAAACAUAUUGAAACAGCUAGUGAAGGGGAUAUAGUAUCAAUAUUAAGGAAUUGUAUUGUAUCUGUUGAAGAAGGUAUUGAGAGAUUAAAAUGGGAUGAUAUAGCAGACGACAAUGGAGAUAGUUCUGUCAAUUCGUGUCAACAAGAAAAGUGUAUAUCCAGUGACUUAGCCAAAGCGAAAUUAAAUGAUUCAAAUUCUAAUAAUGAUAUUUCAGAACAAAAUGGGAAUAUUGACAAAUCAUCUCAAUCUAGUAAAUGUGAUAUUAAGACAUUAGAGAGAACUAUAUCUAGUGAGUUUUAUAAAAGUAGAUUAUUAGAUUCUCCUCAAUCAGUAAUGGAUGUAGAUCAUGAAGUUUUACAAUCAGGGAUUGCUGUUUUACCAGGUUGUCGAGAUGUUAAAGGUGGAGCUGUUAUAUUGAUAUUUACUGGUAGUACAUUCUGGCAUAAUCGACAUGUAUCAAGUACCGAACUAGCUAGAUUAUUAAUGUAUUUUUAUUCUAUACCCAGGAAAGAAGUUUUAAAAAAGGGAAUAAGUAUAGUGGGUGAUAUACGUGGUGCUACUUCUUCUAUUAUUAAUAUACUUUUAGAAUCAUUAUAUUUAUUUCAUGAUAAUAUACCUAAUUGUGAAUCCAUCCUUCAUCUUGUCUGUGAUAAACAAACACAAUCCUAUGUUUUAAGAUCUCCAGUAUAUGAUUCAAGAUCAUGUGUUAAGUUGGAUUUACUAUCAUCACCAGAUCUGAUUCAUCGUAUUAUACAUCCAUCACAAUUACCCUCUGCCUUAGAUGGUACCUUUCCUUUUAGUCAUACAGAAUGGGUUCGUUUUCGUAUGAAAUUAGAACCAUUUUUAAAUGCUUGUCGUGAAGUUGCCAAAUUCCUAAUCAGCAUAAUGCAAGAAAUAUCUAGCAUGAAAAAAUUACCCAGAACUGCUGAAGAAGCCAGUCAAUUAAUUGAAGAGCAUGAUGAAAAGGUUAAAAGAGCUUUCUCAGAUUCCUGCUUGAUAGCCUUACAAAAUGAUGGUGAAAAUACAAUGAGUUCAUUACGCAGAGAAGAGUCCUGUGGUAAUUCUGAAGAUUACAGGUAA